AUGGACGGAGUGAGCCGUUCCAAGUGCCAAGUGAGGCCUCCAGACCGACGGAAGGCUCUGCUCAUGGUUUCAAUGCCAGGCAUGGCUUUCCUGGUUCCGGGCCGUACUACUCGCAGUAUACACGUGCAUCGACGGCUCCACCGAAGUCGACGUGGGAGUUGCUGCGGGAGGGAAGAGCCGAAACCUCAACCGGAGGGGCCCUCCGGCUCUCAGCGCGGUUUCGACACUCUUCGUGAAGGCUUGGAGGCGUGGCGGGCUGGUCCACCGCAGUGUGGCACGGUUCACUGUGAACCUGCUGGGAUGCUGGCCGCCCGAGCCUUGAAGAUGUCCGCCCCUCCUCGUGGCCAUGCACGCUCUCAAUGCUGUGCGAGCUGUCUGAAGAGAGAACGGUCGACUCUCGGCUUCCCGCCAACAUUCUCAGCAACGGGAUCUUUUCCAACGUUCGAUGAUGUUGAUCAAGACGAUGCUUUCGACGGCGAUGACAAUGACGCUCAAAUGCUUUCGAUGACAAUGAUGAUGACAAUGGUGGUAGUGAUGAUGAUGAUGAUGAUGGUGCUGGUGCUACAUGAUGAUGAUUGCGAUGACGAUGCUGAUGCUGAUUAUCACCACCAUGGUGUCAUCACUUUUAUUGUCAAGUCUGUGCUUGUCUUGUUACUCUUUGUGUUUCGGUUCUUGCGAUCAUCCCCUGCCUUUCCAAGGCUUUGGCUGCUUUGUAGUGCGGCCUUCCUGGCAUCUCGCGGAAGGUCUUCCUUCAGGGGGCUCCAGUACGAUGUUGACGGCCAGGCGUACGUCAGAAGCGGAGGGAGCUUCAGACGAGUUCCGCAAUACGAUGACAUUCCUGAUUGA